AUGCUAGGCUUUCUCAAAAAGGCUUUGGAGAGCAAGGUGUAUGGGUUGGACCACGCAGUGCUCAACGUCCAGCUUCCGCCUCAGUCUAUGUGGAUGAACAUGGGCUACUGGAAGGAUACCCAAAGCUUUCCAGAGGCCUGUAAAGCUUUACUUGACCAGGUUUUGCAGGCUGGUCUCGCUGCGGAGAGGGCCCAGUCAGUGCGAGUUUUGGAUGUCGGAUGUGGGUGUGGUGACCAAUCGGUCCAUAUUGCAUCCCUUAGAAAAGACGCUUUUUUUACUACUACGACCGCAGCCUCUCAAUAUGGGUUCAGUACUUCUGUUGAAGCUUCUGAGGCUACCUUACGACGACAGAGCAAUGGGGAUGAUUCGUCCAAACCUCUUUUCGAUACCUACGUAGGCAUUACCCUACUACCUUCGCAGGCGCAGGUUGCCCAACAGCGAAUGUGCUUGCACCAAGAGCAGAAUAACGAUGGAGAUCGUGUUUCCGCGGAAAUUUUCUGCGCCGAUGGAGCCGACCCCUCGAGUUGGACUGGCGAACUGCAUAAUUCCAUUUCUAGUCUGGUUGAUACCUCGCUUGACCCGAACACAUCAACAUGGCUACUGGCUCUCGAUACGAUGUAUCACUUCAAACCUUCUCGUCUUCCAAUCCUUCACUAUGCACACAAUACCCUCCAUGCAUCCUUCAUGGCCUUUGAUCUCCUCCUCGCUGAUAAUGCAUCCUGGUGGCAACGUCUCAAAAUGAAACUGAUCUGCUGGGUUACUGGGUCGCCUUUCACGAACUUCCUCACUCGGGAGGAGUAUGUCCGUCUCUUGGUGGCAGCUGGGUAUGAUCCUUCGCGUAUUGAGAUUAAGGACAUCUCUCGACAUGUCUUUCCUGGUAUAACGGACUUUUUGGAUCGAAGGCUACAAGAGGGACAGCUAUACGGAAUAAAGUUGGGCAAGUUCCGUGGAGCUAAAUCCGUGUUUGGGUGGUGGGCCAAAAGUGGUAUUGUCAGAGGUGUGGUGGUUGUUGCGAGGAGGUGA